UAGGGGCGGCCGCGGUCUGGGCAGCGGCCAAAGGCGCGCAGCUGCGCGGCCCGGGUUUCCAGCCGGGCCUCUUUCCCGGCCGGGCCCCAGCAUGGCUGCCCCCAGGGCUGCGGGUGGGGACGGUGCCGCGUUGUCGCGUUCCUGACGGCCCCUGGCGUCUGUGCUCUCCUUCUCUUCCCCAGGCCACUCCAGCAGACAUGUUUGCCAAGGCCUUUCGGGUCAAGUCCAACACGGCCAUCAAGGGGUCGGACAGGAGAAAGCUUCGGGCUCAUGUGAUGGCUGCUUUCCCCACUCUAGGAACAGAUCAGGUCUCUGUGUUGGUACCUGGAAAGGAGGAGCUCACCAUUGUGAAACUGUAUGCUCACAGAGGGGAUGCAGUGACUGUGUACGUGAGCGGUGGUAACCCCAUCCUGUUCGAAGUGGAGAAAAAUCUGUAUCCGACAGUGUAUGCCUUGUGGUCCUAUCCUGACCUUCUCCCAGCUUUCACGACGUGGCCUCCGGUGCUUGAAAAACUGGUGGGGGGAGCAGAUUUGAUGCUGCCAGGACUCGUGGUGCCCCCUGCUGGUCUGCCUCAGGUACAGAAGGGUGACCUCUGUGCCAUUGCCUUGCUGGGGAACAGAGCCCCUGUUGCCGUCGGAGUUGCUGCCAUGUCCACAGCCGAGAUGCUCACUUCAGGCUUGAAGGGAAGGGGCUUCUCUGUGCUCCACACCUACCAGGACCACUUAUGGCGAUCUGGAGACAAGUCUUCUCCACCUUCCCUUGCUCCACUGGCCCUGGAUCCCCCAGAUCUCAGUGAAGAGAAGGAGUCUGUCCAGGCAGACCCUGCCCUGCAGGGAGACCUGAGGCGCCUGACCCUGGAGGGAGAGGAGGAGAAUGGGGAGGUCCAGCGGAUAUGUGGGGAGAAGUCCCUAUCAGAAGCCUCGGAAGACCCCAGUUUCAGGGGCCUGAACCCAGACCCCACAGACAGCAAGACCCUUCAAGAACAAAUGGAUGAACUGGUACAGCGAUGCUUCUUGCAUGCUUUAAAAUGCCAAGUCAGAAAAGCUGACCUCCCUUUACUCACCAGCACGUUCCUUGGCAGCCACAUGUUGUCCUGCUGCCCUGAAGGACGACAGCUGGACAUCAAGAAGUCCAGCUACAAAAAGCUCUCUAAGUUCCUGCAGCACAUGCAGCAGGAGCAGAUUAUACAGGUGAAGGAGCUGAGCAAAGGGGUGGAGAGCAUUGUGGCUGUGGACUGGAAGCACCCGAGGAUCACAUCUUUCGUCAUAGCCGAGCCCUCCCCGGCCUCCCAGACUAUCCAGGAGGGUAGCAGGGAACAGCCCUAUCACCCUCCAGAUAUAAAAUCCCUCUACUGUGUCCCAGCCAGCAUGACUCUGCUCUUCCAGGAGUCUGGCCACAAGAAGGGGAGCAUUCUCGAGGGCGGUGAGGUCCGGACGAUCAUCAUCAACUAUGUCAAGAGAAAUGACCUCGUUGAUGCGGACAACAAAAAUCUCGUGAAAUUGGAUCCCAUCCUGUGUGACUGCAUCUUAGAGAAAAACGAACAGCACACAAUCAUGAAGCUUCCAUGGGACAGUCUCCUGACCAGAUGUUUGGAAAAAUUGCAGCCUGUGUAUCAAGUGACUUUUCCAGGACAAGAGCCCAUUGUGAAGAAAGGCAGAAUCUGCCCAAUUGACAUCACCCUAGCACAGAGAGCGUCUAAUAAAAAGGUGACUGUGGUCCGGAACUUGGAGGCCUAUGGCCUGGACCCGUGUUCAGUGGCCGCCAUCCUCCAGCAGCGAUGCCAGGCUAGUGCGACCGUCACACCUGCCUCUGGGGCCAAGGACAGCCUGCAGGUCCAGAUCCAGGGAAACCAGGUCCAUCACCUCAGCCGCCUGUUGCUUGAAGAGUAUCAGCUUCCUCGGAAACACAUCCAAGGCCUCGAAAAGGCCCCCAAACCUGGCAAGAAGAAGUAACAGACUCUUGUUUCAUGCGGACGAUCCAGUGGAAAUCAAGCUCUGGGCUGGUAAUUUAUAUGAGCAUUUUCAGCUUUUACAAAUGAAACAAUAUAAUUCUUUACCAAAAUAAAUUUUUAUUCUAAUCUAAA